GCGUCAACAUGUUAGAGCAAACCAUUAAUGGCCGACAAGUGAAUACUUCUCAGCAAUUUCCUUGUCAUUUUCGACUAAUCUUUAGCCUUUGAAGCGUGACACACAAAGAAAUUCGCACAUUUAUUGUGUAAUAUGUCGUCUGAUUCGACAGCGGGGUCAUCAGGUGGAAGUUCACCUGAGAAGAGCAAAAGGUUGCGACGUCCUCAUCCCGCAACUGAGGAAAGAUUGAGAAACGGAGAAUUUGAUCCUAAUCAGAACACAGCUCCAGUCAUGAAGUCUAAACUUUCUGCUGAUGCUCCAGAAUUUGUUCCAAAGUUUUCAUAUAUUCCACCAGACCAACAGCAGGAUGACUUAUACCAGGACUUUCAAAGAUUGGUCAGUAUACGACCUUCCCACCUCAGUGCAGUGACCACCACUGGGCCAUCCGGGAAAGACUCCAUUGCAGAUAUUUUUAAAGAUGCUGUAUUUAGUUUGACAUCGAAUCCAGCACCUAUGGAGGAGUACAUGAAAAGAGUAACAGACCUACUGAAUAAUGAUGUUACUGAUACAGCAGUUAUAAAUGAUAUUAUUGAAACAUUAUUUGAGCAGAGUAUUUCGGAGCCAAAUUUUCGUUUCACUGGAGCCAAGAUCUGUAAAUAUUUGUCCCAUCAAUUAAAAGGUCACCCUGUAUUUAGUAAUUUUAGAGGCCUAUUUCUUAACAGAUGUAAAUCAGAAUUUGUCAGACGACAAGAAUUGUUGAACAAUAAUUUAGAAAGAUUAUGCGGGCUUUCUAUGUUUUUUGGUGAACUAUUUUUAGUAUUAGAGAUUGAACACGAUGGAUAUUUGGUGAAGAUUGGCUUAUUAAGGAGUGCUAUAAGUGAUUUAUUAAGGACUUUAUUAUCCAGCCUGGAUGAUGUCACUGUAAAAUGUGCUACACAACUUCUCAAGCUGACUGGUACAGCGCUAAUGGAAACUACAGAUUUACAAGGAAAUUUCGAUGAUAUAUUUGACAAAAUAAAAUCAUUAGAAAAACAUCCACAACUGAAUAAGACUAGCCAUUGUUUGAUAAACUCUGUGUUAAGUCGACUAGAGUAUAACUUUGGUGUAGGUCAACAGCCAUCACCACAGAAACCAGUGCAGACAUUUCAGGGUGGUCAACAGUCAACAGACUUUGAUAAUGAACCAAUAUUUUACAACACGGAGGGACAGCCAAUCACAAGAGAGGAAGCAGGAUAUGAUGACAUUAUUGGGCUGAACAGCGAGGAGCAGGAGGCGUUCCUACAGUGGGAGGCGGAGAAUUAUGCUAAUCAGCAGUGGAACGAGCAGGGUGGAGACGGAUUUUCAAAUCAAGGGCAAUGGUCAGAUGGAGCAGCCAAUGGCUACGUACAACAGCCAUGGUCGACAGGAAUGUCUGAUUAUACACAGUGGUCGGCUGAUCAGGAACAGGGAGGGUUUGGAUAUAAUGAGGCCGACUUGUAUGGUGACUACAGUAGUGAUAUGGACGAUGAAAUGGCUGCCGCGUAUGAAAUGUUCCUGAAAGAAUCUGGACAAAGUAGACACUGAUAACAAGAUGCCCGUGUUUCAUGUACAUUCAAUAGUUUAUUUAUGUUUGCUUGUUGCAGGCUUGCCAAAGAACAUAAUUGAUGAUGGAUUUAAAUCAUUCAAAGUUUUUGCCCAAAUUGUAAGAAAAAAAAUUAAUUUGAAUUUUUUUUAUCCUAGAAAAAUGGUGGAAAGUGUAUUAGUUUGAAGGUACAUUAUCUUCAUAAUACAUUUGUUUUAGGGUUGUUUUUUUUUAAAGAAAUACCAUAUUGUUUCUGUUUAGAAAAUAACAAUUAAUGACACUUCAGUAAAAUCAUUAAAAAAAAGAAUAUGAUUAUUAGAUCAUAAUAAUGAUUUUUAUAAGUGAAUUGUAUCUUUUAUAAACAUAUUUUACAGCACAUUUUU